AUGAGCUCAUUUCAGGCUAUGGAAGUGACCGUAUCGAAGGCAACUACCGUUGAGCGUGUAUCACGGUUGCUCCGAACUAAUCGUAGAAGUUUGGUGGCUGUUCUGGAAGCAUUCGUCUACAACCCAGUGAUAAGCCGGCGACUGCUAGAGAAGACGCUACCCAAAGCGCCUCAAAUCCUUCGAGAACGUGUCAUUAACAGAAUUAAGCACAGACCAACCGGUAGCGAUUUCAAUACGGGCAAAGUGGAUGUACAGAAACAAGUUGAUCGCCUUGUUGAGCAUGCAAAACUGUUCAUUUUUGUCGUUUUGCUUUCUUGUGUUAAUUAUAGCUUGAACCUAACCGUUUGA